CCUCGGUUGUGUUUAUCUCUUGAUAUCCUGGUUUCAUUCUGGAUUUCUUGACGUGUUAAAACUGUCACACUGAUUUAUUAGAACUCUAAUCACAAGACAGCAAGAGGCCAAAAUAAAAAUAUUAAAUUUCCGAUCGAAUCUGAAUACCCAAAGACAACCCAAAGGCCAUGUCGUGGGUCUCCGAUUACAAGUACACGUGGACGGAGCGGUUUGCGAUGCGGACGCUGCGCGCCUGUGGCCACAUUCCGCACCACGUAGCCUUUGUGAUGGAUGGCAAUCGGCGUUUCGCCCGCUCGCAACAGAUAGAUAAGAUUGAGGGUCAUUCACGGGGAUUUGAAAAGUUGGCGGAUUGCCUUCGCUGGUGCUUGGAUGUGGGAGUUCGCGAAGUGACCACUUUUGCUUUCAGCAUCGAGAACUUUAAGCGUUCCAGCGAGGAAGUGGAGGGACUAUUUAAUUUGGCCAGGAAGAAGUUUGCUCGCCUGCUGGAGGAGACUGCCCGACUGGACGAACAUGGCAUUCGCAUUCGGGUGAUUGGGAACAUCGAACUAUUGCCACUGGAUCUACAGAAACUGGUGGCCUCUGCCAUGUUGAGUACAGAGCGCAAUGAUAAGCUCUUCCUAAACGUAGCCUUUGCCUACACGUCGCGGGACGAGAUCACGCAGGCGGUGGAAACUGUCCUGCGGCACGGUAGCCAGGAUCUUAGCGCCGACGACAUCAGCGAAAGGUUGCUAGAGGAGUGCCUUUACACGCGACAUUCGCCGCCACCGGAUCUGGUGUUUCGCACCUCCGGCGAGACCAGGUUGAGCGACUUUAUGAUGUGGCAGCUAAGCACCUCCGUGCUUUACUUCAGCAACGUCCUAUGGCCGCAGAUAACGUUCUGGCACUUCCUUGCCAGUAUUCUGGCAUACCAACGUGACCGAUGGCAGCUAGAGGACUUCCGGCGAGCAGAAAGGAUGCAGAGCGUACAAUUGGCCAAGACUACCGAUUUCUACAGUGAGAGGGUGCAAAAAUUUCUGGCCACCAUCGACGCGGACCGACGGAAACUACUUGUCCGACUGGCUUCCAAUUAACGCCCUUAACUCCCUCCGAUUUCUGAAUGUCGAUGUAUGUGAUAUGAGUGGAGAAUAAAUUCGUGUAAAUACCAUACAUUUAUGUACGUGCAGCUGCAAUGGCCUGUCUCCUUAGAUUUUUACAUUUGUUAAAUAUUUUGUUCCGUUGGAGUUUUGUCACUUUAAUGCACUUCUGCAAGACGUUAAACUGAUUUAUGGCCGAAAUGUACGCUUACCUAGAAUAUAUGUAAUUUUUAGUUUUAAAAUACGUAACAUAACGAGUUGGCCUUUCUUUCGAUCAGUAAAUUACAAAAAUAAAGAAAAAUAAAUAUGUUUUAA